GCAUCGGGAUUGUACAGAUUCAUUGGAGAUGGGAGUCGCUAGCCUACAAUUUGGACCAUUUGCACAGAUGUACGCUUAUUUACUAUUGUACAAGUUGCGACAGAGGAUGUGAAGAAAUGGUGGAUCUGGGGUUACUUGAUCUCACCAUUGAUGUAUUCUGUGAAUUUAAUUCUUGUGAAUGAAUUUCAUGGAAAGACGUGAAAACUUGUAAGCUUUUUAUCACAAACCACAAGCAAACAGCUACUUUUCUCAUAUAUAUCAUAUCCACUUUUAAUUAAAACAGUUCGCGCCAAAUGGAAAUGAGACACUAAUUGGACAUUCAGUAGUAAGAGCUCGCAGAUUCUUUCCAGAUGCAUAUUGGUAUUGGAUAGGUGUUGUGGAACUUAUUGGAUUCAUAAUAAUCUUCAACAUCUGCUACAAUAUUGGACUCGUUUUCCUGAAUCGUGAGUAUCUCUUAUGCCUUUACUUGGUCGGUCUAUGACUUAAAAGGAUUCUUACAAAGGGGGCUAAUACCGUAUUUCUUAAAUAUCUUCAGCUUUUAAGAAGCCACAAGUUAUAAAAUCAGACGAUAACUUGUGGCUCGUGAGGCUUUUCUUUUCUAUGAACAACUAACUCAACAUUCUAAUGAAAUGCAGGAAAUAAAAUACCAAGGUUCCACUGAAGAUAGAUUGGUACUUCUAAAGGGUGUGAGUGGAGAUUUCCGGCCAGUUGUUCUCAUAGCUUCGAUGGGUGUUAGUGGUGCUGGUAAAAAAACAUUGAUGGAUGUCUUGGCUGGAAGGAAAACAGGAGGAUAUGUUAAUGGUGAUAUCAAGAUUUCUGGAUAUCCUAAGAAGCAAGAAACCUUUGUGGAUAAAAUGAAGAAGCAAAUGAGGAGAACAUUGAAGAACGUCAAACUUUUAGAUGGUUUUUGUAACGUGUUCUAGGACAUUUUUGAAAUCGACAACACAAUGAAACUUAUGUCGUAAUUUACUAUUUUCUAGUUGUUAGAUGGAUAUUAAUUACUAUGGCUAGCUUAUAUUUUGGAUAUACUUUUUGAGUUCAUUGGUAAUUAUUACUGUCAUUGAAGGGCUA